GCGGCUGGAGCCAGCAUGGCGGCCGAGCGCAAGACCAAGUUGUCCAAGAACCUGCUGCGCAUGAAGUUCAUGCAAAGGGGACUGGACUCGGAAACCAAGAAACAACUAGAGGAAGAAGAAAAGAAGAUCAUCAGUGAGGAGCACUGGUACUUGGAUUUGCCAGAGCUUAAAGAGAAAGAGAGUGUCAUAAUAGAGGAGCAGAGCUUCUUGUUAUGUGAAGAUCUUCUGUAUGGAAGAAUGUCAUUCAGAGGAUUUAAUCCUGAAGUUGAGAAAUUGAUGCUUCAGAUGAAUGCUAAGAACAAAGCAGAAGAUGAAGAUGAAGAUGAGAUAGUAGAGCUUGAUGUGUCAGAUGAGGAAAUGGCUAGAAGAUAUGAGACCUUGGUGGGGACAAUUGGAAAAAAGUUUGCCAAGAAAAGAGACCGUGCCAAUUACGAAGAAGAUGAAAAUGGAGACAUAAAACCAGUUAAAGCAAAGAAGAUGUUCUUAAAGCCCCAAGAUUAAAAAUGAUGCCUUAAAAUAUGUCUCGGGGUGGCCAUGAGAACAGCAGACUUUGGAGCCCAUCCCAGUGGCAUCUUUCAGCUAUUAAUACUUGAUAUUUAUUUGUAAAGAGAUGUGUAAUUUUAGAAAUAGACUGUGUUUGAAACAGAUGUGUAAUGGAUGUUAUACAUCCUUUUCCGAAUCAGGUUCAUCAGAAGCGGAAGUUGAGCCUGAAUCUUACAGAUGUUCAUAGGCACAGCAUUGCUUCCUGAAGAUUUUACCUCAGUUCUUUUUAUAUAGCUCUCCAGUGGCUGACCUUGAAUGGACUCCUAUAGAUUAAUGCCA